AUGGAAAAUGUUGUCUAUGACAGACCAAGGUCAUCCCGAAACCAAAUGGCUAGUCACAGCUACAGUCGUAAGGCUGGUGCUCAUCCUAGAAUGUUGGACAGCAGCGUUGAGCUAACCAACUACUGUCCUCCUGACACUGUUGAGACUUUCCUUGAAGAGCUAAACCACUCACAGGGUGAUGACUUGGAUGAUCAGGAAACGGCACCAGCACCACCACGGGCCUCUUCAGACUGGUCUACUCGAAAAAGUCUCCUCUCAGAGAGGUGGGAGAAAGAAAGAGCCUGUCUGGUGAAUACCAUGGUAGCACAACAAAAUGUGACAACUCAGAUCUGCCAACAAUGUGGCAUCAGUCCAGCUGCUGUCCGUUGUCGUGACUGCAGACCACAACCAUUUUUCUGUGCUGAUUGUGAUGUCAGUAUACACCGAAACCACGUAUUCCACAACAGGGAUGCAACAAUAGCUGGAUUCUUUCAGCCAUUGCCUCCAACAACCUGUGUCGUGGAGAGGGCUCUUUCCCAGUGUGUGUGUAUUGUGCCGUUGGAGAUGCCCAAAAAAAUAUGUAGUUGUUCUCCAGGAUCGUUGAGUGUCAACACAGGAAAAGUUGUUGCUGUGGUUACAAUGAAUGGACGAUAUGAUCUCAGUAUGCCUGAGAUGAAAUGCGAGGCAUGCAAAACCACAUGGAGCCCUGGAGUGGAUGACUUAGUCCGUAAUGACUACUGGCCUGCUACCCUUCACUUUUCCACAGUGUACUCUACAGAUGUGUUUUAUUCAUAUGAAGAGUUGAAGAUGGCAGCACCAGGACUGUCAUGCCAAGCAUUUUUAAGAAUGCUUGAUCAACGAACUCUCCGCUUUGGCCGUAUUGGGAAGAUCACAGCAGACAGCUUCAGAAAAAGUUUUUUGGAGUGGGAGGCUGUUAGAUUUGAGGUGGAUAAGAUCUGCAGGGAGGAGCAUUUUGUCUGCCCUGCAUGCACCCCAGACAUGCUUGCUGUUUCUGUGGAUGGAAAUCGCAAGCACUACCGCUUUAAGAAUGCAGCAAGAUCUGAAGAAAAAGCCUUAUUUGAUGGCAUCUUCAUUGCAAAAGAUGAUGAAGUAGAGAGAUUUGUGGAUUACAUUCAUUCUACCACCAACCAUGUCUCUGGAAGAGGUGUCUGUGGAGGGGAGUGGUCAGCUGCAAGGGAAACGUCUCAGAAAUCCUCAAGUAAAAUUGAUGAGGAGGGACUUGAGCUUGCAGUCUGUCGACAUGGAGUUUUUCUCACCGCUCUCAACAUGUUCAGGGGAGAAAUAUAUGCUUAUCCCCUCUACCUGCAGAACAAGCUGGCAAAUACGCCAAUAAGCUUUUUUGCCAUGGAUGUAACCUGCAAGUACUGGCCUUACCUCAACAAAGUCACAAAAAGCUGCCCGGAGCUCCAGCACCUUCUGAGCAUGAAACCAUUCCUCUCAGUGUUUCAUGCCAAAGCCCAUGAUUUUAAAUGCGAGGUUAAAUGGAGUGGAGCUUACCAGCAAGGGGCCGGAUUGACACUUGGCGAGGAGGUUGAGCAGUGUAACGCCUUCCUCUCUAGGAUUGCUGUGACCACGAAGCACAUGUCCAAAGCAGGACAUACUGACAUGCUUACAUUGAUGGCCAUGCGCUGGAAUCAGCAAAAGUUUAAUAACUUGGCUACUUCACUUGCCUGCCGAUAUCAGAAGGCCACAAAACGUCUGGAAAGCCAACUUCAGGACCUGGAAAGCAUGAGAAUCCAGCUGGCAGUGACACAGGUUGAAGUUGAGGGCUGGGUCACUGAUAUUAAGGAGUGGGCAGAAGCAACAACAUCCCAAAAGAAUGCCCGAUCUUGA